AGCAAGUCAUGUUUCCAACUAUCCUUUGGCCACCUUAACAUUUUCGCAAAGAGCUGGAUAUUUAUUCAAGUGUCCGUGCCCAUAGCGUGCAGUCAUUCUCCCCACGGAGUCCCUGAGCUUAUUUAUCGGCGAUUAUCUGAAAUCUUGGCAUAUUCCUUCACAGCGGGUCUUGUGCAAAUGGUCGGGAGCUUGUCGCCCUCCAUUUGCAUUCAUUCUCUCCCAGUCCUGCAAUUUAGCGCGAGGAGCUACACUUUACUGCAUACCCCUUGCUUUCUCGCCUGUUGACUGGGUACCGAUGGCGUCGAUCUUACGGCAAAUCGUUGCUGGGCCAAGGUUACAGCACCCAGAGGCAGGGCUGGAUCUAUGCUAUGUCACCGAUAAUCUCAUUGCAACGUCCGGGCCGUCCCCUAGCUACCCGAAACGUGCCUACAGGAAUCCGCUCGAUGACUUAGUAAAAUAUCUGGACUCCAAACAUGGCGAGGACUGGUGUAUUUUCGAGUUCCGUGCCGAGGGAACAGGGUACCCGGAUGACGCAGUCUACGGGCGGAUACAUCAUUACCCGUUCCCAGAUCACCAUCCCCCGCCAUUUGCGCUUAUCCCCGCAAUGAUGGGGUCUAUGCAUAACUGGCUACAUGGGUUGGAUGGCAAGGGCGAAGCGCAAAAGAAACGGAAGAGAGUUGCGGUGGUCCAUUGCAAAGCUGGCAAAGGACGAAGUGGAACAGUCGCUUGCAGCUAUUUGAUGUCGCAUGAAGGAUGGAAGAAAGAGGACGCUUUGCAACGCUUUACCGAGCGGAGGAUGCGGUCUGGGUUUGGCCCCGGGGUGAGUAUCCCGAGCCAGCUGCGUUGGGUAGGGUAUGUCGACCGGUGGGCGAACCAAAUGGCCAAAACGUAUACCGAGCGGCCGGUGGAGAUCCUCGAGCUGCAUGUCUGGGGCCUGAAAGAUGGCGUCAAGGUUGCAGUGGAGGGGUUUGUCGACGAAGGCAAGAAGAUUCAGAGCUUCCACCUGUUCAACCGCAGUGAGCGCUCCGUUGUGGACGAUGGGAAGGUAAAGCCUUCGUCGUCGCUGAAGAAGGAUAAGAAUGGUAGUGGCCGAAAAAGCGGUAUCAAGGAGGCCUUCUCACCCGUAGCAGAAUCGUCCAGCUCAUCUAGCUCGAGCUCAUCCGAUGAGGAUUCAAGGAUCCAAAGCGGCACGUCUGCCGUCCUCUUUCGGCCCAGCAAGCCCCUCAUCAUCCCUACCUCCGAUAUCAACAUUGAUUUUGAACGGAGAAGCAAGGCCUACAAGGAUUGGGCAAUGGUGACGUCCAUCGCGCAUAUAUGGUUCAACGCUUUCUUCGAAGGCGGCGACAAGCAAGAUUCAGGUGUCUUCGAAGCGGAAUGGGAUAACCUGGACGGAAUAAAAGGCACCUCCAGGAAAGGGGUCCGGGCCCUCGACCGACUCAAAGUAGUAUGGAGAUACCCACCUUCCUCGCAAACCGGGACAACCGCGCCAGACAAGUUAGAAACGGCCGCCACGCCGGGCAAAACCAUCACCGAGCCCAAACCCGGCGAACCCAUCUCCGAAAGCCAUCCAGCUGACUGGCGGGGCCAAGAUCCAGUAGAGCAGCUCGCUGCACCAGAUCAGGAGAACAUUCCAAUACGGGCUCACAGGAGCCUAGAAGACCAAAAGGAAAGCAAGGAGCCCACGUCUGAAUCAGAUAGCCCGAUCGUCACCGGCCUCACCACCGCCGCCAGCAGUGCAGCAGCGGCUGCUGCAUCUUCGGUGCAGAUGCUAGGCAAGGAACUAGGGCUCAGGAGGCAAACGGAUGAGAGCAAAGAUGUCAGUCUUGCUGAAAGCGACGAUAAUGACUCGGUGCUAGGUCACCGGAAACACGAUAAUGAUGCAGAGCAAAGACAGGCGUUGAACAGAGUAGAAAGUGAAGACUUCGAAGGCGUCCAGUCAUACUUUGGGAAUGGCGAUCAAAAAGAUUUGAGCUCUCCGAAGAACACUAAGCUUAAUGCUCUAUGUAAAUAGCAUGUGGAUGGCGAACACUUUGGGAUAUAUUAAUCUUGCAGGCAUAUAUGUCCAUGUACAUACAUACAGCAUACCCAUACAAAAUCCGCGCCAUAUUAGAAAACA